GAGCUCUCCCAGCUUGGCUUUGAUGCUGCGAGCGUUUAGCAGAGAGGCAGUCAGAGUCCGUUGCUGCGUGCCGCCGCGCGGUGCUCGGGAUGGCCGGCCGGUGUCUGUGGCGGGCUGAGAGGGCCCGGGAUUGAUCUCGACAUCACCACAUCGGAUCAACAAUCGGCAACCUUGAUAGGUGGCAUCGGUCUUGGAGUCGUACGGGACUCGGGUCGGCAGUAGUGACCACACCUUACCGCCCGGGUGACCGUGAUCCGUCUGCUGAUGAUGGGUGGCGCCGCCUGGCGAUCCGGGGCAGCUGUGCUCAGCAGUGCCAGCAGCAGGAGAACGGCGACCGUGGUAAGCUGCACCCACGUGCGUCUCCGAUAGAUGGCGCCACCGUCGAAGCGGAGCGGCGUGACCCCGUGGCAUCCGCGGUCAGCAUUGUAUACAAUCGAGCGGCGGGCAGACGAACGUGGCGCGCCUCCGCCUGACCCCAUCAGAAGUUGUCAGUGUCGAAAUACCGAGCGAUGCACGGCGACCAGACCAUCACCACGAAAACGACGGCACUCCACUACACCGAAAGUGGCCGGCCGGCCGCGGUGGACGGGCCGGCGCUCGGCCACUCUCCUCUGGCGGCUGCAGCUGCCGCAGACGGAGACGGACCUGGACUACCCGGCGCCCACAGAGCCCCGCACAGUGCCGGAGACGGACCUGGACUACCCGGCGCCCACCGAACCCCGCACAGUGCCGGAGCUCGACCGACGCACUAGCUGGUGGGAGGCUGCCGUGUGGGCGCCCCCAGAUCCCUGGGUGAGGAGAGAGCAGCAGCACUUGGCAUCCAUUCGGGCUGAGCCGGAGCGGCCGACCAGCGCCCUGGUCUGUCUGCUGGGCCGCCUGGUGCCGCGGAGCCCGCCGCAGCAGCCUCGUCACCAGCGAGCGCGCCGGCGGCGGCGGCCUCCGGCGCCGGCCACCGCCGUCCGGGCACCAAGCAGCGCGGCCGCUUCGGCAGCCGGUGGCCCCGCCAGCUGUGUGCGCCGCUGCGCCUCCCGGGCCGGCUGCAGCGCUCUCUGCUCGACGCUCCAGCCGCGCGCCAAGAAGAAGAGUCCCAGCUGCCUGCGGCGCUGUAUGAUGCAGGGUCUGCUGCACCCGGCCCAAUGCCACUCGCUGUGCUGAGCGACAGUGCACGGCCGGACACGGCUCCGAGACGACGCCGUUCGGGCAGCACCCGCCAGUCUGUGCCAUCGCACCGGAUAUACCCAACACUGUCACGACAGCUAGUUUGGUGAUAUAAGUUCAAGGAAUAAAUUUUUCGCAUACUAA